AUGCCAACUAACUUGUUGUGGACCACCAAGUCCAUGCAGGAAGGUACUCUUGCACCUUCCUCCAGUGUUGUCCAUAUGGACAAUAAUCCAUCUGGCGCUUCGGCACCCCCUCCUGCAGUUGUCCCAAUGGACAACACCCCUACCACCCUGGUUGUUCUCUCAAACAACCUCACACCUAGCAGUGCCAUUCCCUCAAACAACACACAUCUUACCGCUAUUGUUCUGUCAAACGACCCCCCAUCCUCACACACCGGAUGGGGCAAACCUUCUGGCACCCUGCUUGUUGGCUGGGGUACCUUGUCUGGAAGGGACUCCUCUGCUAGCUGGGGCGACCCCGCCGACCCACCAGACUCAGCCCUCGUCCCUUGGGAUGAGGAUGAAGAAGAAUUUGUCGACAACGAUGAAGAUCCUUACCUUGUCCCAGAUGGGGCCCCAAAUGCCCGAGUAUGCCCGGGGAUCUACUGA